AUGCUGAAGUCAUUAAGGGACUCUUCUCUGACGGGCCCACAUAAAGUGUUUACUGCAGUGGCAUGUAUUGUUCCCUUGGAGCUACCGGUGCAACCAGGAUAUGCGCUCGAAGUAAACCUAGAAGAGACAGAAGUGUAUUUCAAGUCAGAUAUUACAGACCAACAAAUCAUAGACUAUGUUGCUACCGGCGAAGGGUCCGAUGCAGCCGGAGGAUAUAAAAUCCAAGAAACAGCAGGAAAGUUGCUGAUAGACCGUAUAGAAGGGGACUUCUUUAAUGUCGUAGGACUUCCUGUUGAAAGUACUAUCAAACUCAUUAAGAAGACUCUUGCAGCAGCCGCUGCUGAUGAUUCAGAUGAGUCUGACUCGGAAUUCGAUGAUUACUAG